GAAGUUGAGCGCUGGAGGAGCAGGUCCGCAGCUGCGGAGGGCUGGGCGUUCCCUGCCCGGGGUCCCUUCCCCGUCCCCGCCGCGUGUGGCCCCUCGCACACCGCGUCCCUCCCCGGAGCGGGGACAGUGCCCGGCGGGAAGGGCAAGGACAAGGACACAAGGGGUGCUCCUGACACCCGAGCAUCUCCCCCGCCAUGCCACCCCACGGAGGGGUGUUCGUGGGUCUCUGCACGCUGCUGGCCCUCAGUCUGGCCGAGAGCCCCCCGGGCUGGGCCACUCUCGCCUUUGUCUUCGAUGUCACCGGCUCCAUGUACGACGACCUGGUGCAGGUGAUGGACGGGGCCGCGCGCAUCCUGGAGCGGACGCGCAGCAGGAGCACCAGGCCCAUCAGCAACUACGCCCUCGUGCCCUUCCACGACCCAGAGGUGGGCCCUGUCACCCUCACCACGGAUCCCCAGCUCUUCCAGCAGCGCCUGCAGGAGCUCCAUGUCCAGGGCGGGGGGGACUGCCCGGAGAUGAGCGUGGGAGCCAUCAGGGUGGCCGUGGAGAUCUCGCAUCCCGGCUCCUUCGUUUACGUCUUCUCGGAUGCUCGGGCCAAGGACUACGAGCAGCAGGAGGAGCUGCUGCGGCUGCUGCAGCACAAGCAGAGCCAGGUGGUGUUUGUGCUGACGGGGGACUGCGGGGACAGGAGCCACCCCGGGUACCGCGUGUACGAGCGCAUUGCUGCCACCAGCUCCGGGCAGAUCUUCCACCUGGACAAGCAGCAGGUGACAGAGGUGCUGAAGUGGGUGGAAGAGGCCAUCCAGGCUUCCAAGGUCCACCUGCUGUCCACGGACCAUGAGGAGGGUGGGGAGAACACAUGGCAGGUCCCCUUCGAUCCCAGCCUGAAGGAGGUCACCAUCUCCCUGAGUGGCCCUGCCCCAGGGAUCAGGGUCCAGGAUCCCGCAGGAAAGGUCCUGGAGAAGGGACAAGGUCUGAAGGAGCUGCUCAACAUCCCCAACUCAGCCGUGGUGGUGGCCAUGGAGCCCUACGAGCCCGGGACGUGGCUGGUCACGACCAGGAGCAGUGGCCGCCACUCACUGAGGAUCACGGGCAUCAGCAACGUGAAUUUUCAAGCCAGCUUCUCCACCCAGCCGGAAUUCGACACCAGCCAGCCCGGAGAGCGGCCGGUGCAGGGUCUGCCCAUCUCCGUGCUGGUGAACUGCACCGGUCUGAGGCCGCCUGGGCGCCUGCAGGAGAUCGAGCUCUUCAACACCUCUGGCCACGUCCUCCUCUCGCUGCCCGUGCAGCCCGUCCUCGACUCCUCCUCCGGCUCCACCACGCAGCUCUGGGUGGGUUCUCCACUCUGGGUCCCCCCGGGGGACUUUCUGCUGAAGGUGAAGGGUGAAGAUGCCCAGGGCCACCCCCUGCACCGCCUCUCAGGGGUGACCUACACCAGCGUGGUCCCCGGCCUACCUAAAGUGAACAUCUCCAGCAAUAUCCAGGCUUACAACCGUGAGCCACAGCUCAUCUCCUGCUCUGCACAGAGUGAGAUCCCCUUCCGCCUGCAGCUCAGCCGUGGCACGAUGAAGCUCAGGGAAGAGCAGAUCUUCAGGGUUUCAGGGAACAUCAGCUGGUUGAUCCCUGCUGUGUCCCAGAGUGAUGAAGGCUUUUACGAAUGCAUGGCCACCAGCAAGGUCGGAGUGACCCGGGCUCGUGCCUACGUCUCUGUCUCAGAGCCACCACCGCGUCUCAUCACCCCGGGCAACAUCACGGCCUCCCCGGGCCAAGCUGUGGUCAUGUCCUGCGUGGUUCUGGGGGAUGUGCCCUACAACCUGACCUGGAGCUGGGACGGGAAGGUGGCACAGCCAGGGGACGGCCGGGCCCGGCUGCUGCAGAACGGCUCCCUGGAGAUCAGCCCCGUGCGGCCGGGGGACGGGGGCCUGUACCAGUGCGUGGCACAGAGCACCCAUGGCACUGCCACCGCCUCCCUCUGGCUCUUCAUCCAGGAGGCGCCGUGGGUGAAGGUGGACCCCAGUCCCCAGCGUUUCAGCAGGGGCCAGGAGCUGCGGCUGAACUGCACGGCCGGGGGCCACCCCCAGCCCCACAGCAGCUGGAAGCGCUGGGGAUGGGCACUGCAGCAGGAUGAGAGGGUUUUCAGGGAUGCUGAGGGCACCCUGCACAUCAGGUCUGCUGUCCCAGAGGAUGCAGGGAAUUACAGCUGCCAUGCCAGCAGCACACUGGGCUGGGAUGAGCAAGUGGUCACCCUGGAGUUCACUGAACCCCCUGCCAUCCUGGCAGUGACGCCCAGCCUGAAGGUGCUGGUGGGAGAGGACGUGACCCUGGAGUGCUGGGUUUCGGGGGCACCCCCACCCCACAUCGUGUGGUACAAAGGGGAGCAGGCGGUGGCGACGUUCCCGGCGGGCACACAGCGCGCGGUGCUGCGGCUGCAGGCGGUGCAGGAGGAGGACGCCGGGCACUACGGCUGCCAGGCGCUGGGCCAGGCUGGCAUCGCCUUCGACAGCACCCUGCUGCACGUGGGCUCUGCCCCUCACUUUCCUGAGCCCCUGGGCGACACGGAGGUCAAGGCUGGGGAGAGUGUGAGCCUGCUGUGCCGUGUGGAGGGAUCUCCCCCGCCACAGGUCACCUGGUCCCGGCAGGACGGGAAACCCGUGGUGGGCUGGCAGGAACCACGGGGCGUUUCCAGCCAGCUGGAGGCUGCCCAGCUCCUCAUUGAGAGUGCCUCGCUGGAUGACCAAGCCAUCUACAUCUGUGAAGCCCAAAAUGAGUUUGGGAAAAUCCACGCAGAGGUCAAGCUCACAGUCACGGGACAGGCCCCAGAAAUAGCUCUUGCAUCCCCCGUGGUCCGUGUGCUCGCAGGCCAGCCUGUGGCCCUGCCCUGCGUGAUCCUGGCUGGGAGCCCGUUCCCAGCCCGCCACUGGCUGAAGGAUGGGCAGAGGGUCACCCCAGGUGAGCGCUAUUCCCUCCGGGCUGACGGGAGCCUGCACGUGGACCAGGCCUCUCAGGGGGAUGCAGGGACCUUCACCUGUGAGGUGACCAACGCCCUGGGCUCACACAGGCAGGACGUGUCCCUGGUCAUCCACGUUCCUCCCAGCAUCGAGCCUGGCCCUGUUCUUGUCACUGCCACCGAGGGAGCGGCUGUCAUCCUGCGGUGCAACGCCACCGGCGUGCCCGCCCCUGCUGUCUCCUGGGCAAAGGGCACGGAGCCCAUUUCUCUGAGCUCACGCUACCAACUCGACCCCGAUGGGACCCUCCUGAUCCCUUCAUCGUCCCCUGAGGAUGCUGGCACCUAUUUCUGCACAGCCACCAAUGCAGUCGGAUUCUCCAGGCGGGAGAUGCAGCUCUCCAUCAGCACCAAGCCCAGGAUCAGCGUGAAUGGAUCAGAGGCCUCGGACCCUGUCACCGUCCUGGCUGUGCUGGGGCAGGAGACCACCCUGCCCUGCCAGGUCCAAGGAUACCCCCCUCCCUUGGUGGUGUGGAGCCGGGAGCCCCAGCCCCUGCCUCUCCCCUCCACCAGGUACAGUGUCCUCCCUUCAGGAUCCCUCCACCUGGCCGAGCCCCAGGUGAGGGACAGCGGCCUCUACACCUGCACGGCCUCGAACGCCGCGGGGAACGCCUCGCUCAGCUACAGCCUGCACGUCCAAGCUCCCCCCCAGCUGUGGAUCGGAGAUGGGGAAAGACACCUGACAGCUGUUGCCAACACCUCCCUGAGGAUUCACUGUCACAGCCUGGGCAUGCCCCCACCCCAGAUCCAGUGGCUGAAGGAUGGGCACCCUCUGGAUGGGCAGGAUGGUGUGGUGGUGUCCCAGGAUGAUGGGACUCUGCUGGUCACCCGAGUGGGGCUUGGGCACGAGGGGCUCUACAUCUGCCAAGGCAGCAACUGGGCAGGGCUGGCGCAGGCAGAGGUGCAGGUUUCAGUGCAUGUGCCUCCAAACAUCGAGCCCAGCGUGCUGGAUCUGACCAUCCCCGAGAACAGCUCGGCAUCCCUGGAGUGCCUGGCCUCGGGGCUGCCCGCUCCCGACAUCACCUGGUACAAGGGGCACGAGCAGCUCUGGGCUGGCGCAGGCCUGGCGCUGUCCGGGGAUGGGAAGCUGCUGGAGAUCCCUCGUGCCCGGCUCUCCGACGCUGGCAGCUAUCGCUGCGUGGCCACCAACGCAGCCGGCGUGGCCGAGCUCUGGUACAGCCUGCAGGUCACUGUGCCUCCAUCCUUCUCCUCACCAGAGCCCGAGGCCGUGUCCGUGCCAGAGGGACAAUCUGUCCAGCUGGCCUGCGAGUGCCAGGGGAUCCCCCAGCCCACCCUGAGCUGGUGGAAGGACGGUGAGCCCCUCUCCACCCAGCCAGGGAGCCCAAAGCUGGUGUCCCCGGGUGGGAACACAGUGUACAUGGAGAAGGUACAGCUGCUGGACCAGGGCACGUACAUCUGCGAGUGCAGGAAUGCUGCUGGCAGCAGCAGCAAGGAGCAUCACCUGGAGGUGCACGCACUGCCGAGGCUCCGGGGCAGCAGCAGUGCCCCAAGGAAGGUUUCUGUCAUCGAGGGUGGCGAGACAGUCCUGGAGUGCGAGGCCAUGGGGACACCACCACGGGUGACGUGGGCCAAGGAUGGGCAGCCCGUGGCUGGUGGGGACGGACUCCUGCUCACGGAGCAAGGGAGGCAGCUGCACAUCCCCAGGGCAGAGGUGGCCCAUGCAGGACACUACACUUGCCUGGUCACCAAUGCAGAGGGGCAGGAGCAGAGGGAGUUUGAUGUUGUGGUGCAUGUUCCUCCUGAGUUCAUUCGAGGAUCAGGACUGACAACCAAUGUCAGCGUUUCCCUGCAAGGAUCCCUGACACUGACCUGCGAGGCCACUGGCAUUCCCCAGCCCAGCGUCACCUGGUUCUGGGGUGGCUCUCCUGUCACCCCCAGCGAGCACACACAAGUGCUUUCAGGGGGCUGGCUGCUGAGGCUCACCCGUGCACGAGCCCAGGAUGGUGGCCACUAUUCCUGCCUGGCCAGCAACGCAGCUGGAGAGGCCAGGAGGAAUUUCUAUGUGGAGGUCCUGGUUCCUCCCCACAUUGAGGACGCGGGUGAAGAACACACCUUCAAAGUGCCCGAGGGUCACCCUGUCACCUGGUCCUGCCUGGCUUCAGGCAACCCACAACCUAAGAUCACCUGGCUGAAAGACAACCACCCUCUCCCUGACACCUUCUCCAUCUCCCCUGAUGGCUCCUUGUUCCACAUCCCCCAAGCCUCCCUGGCCCAUGCUGGUCACUACUCCUGUGUGGCCUCCAGCUCUGUGGGAAAUCAGACCAAGCACUACCUGCUGGAUGUUUUGGCCAGUCCCACCUUUGCUCGAGAUGAUGCUGCUGCAGAAGAAGUGACAGUGAUCAUCAACAACCCCAUCUCCCUGCUCUGUGAGGCUCUGCCAUACCCAUCUCCCAACAUCACCUGGCUCAAGGACGAGGUUCCUCUCAAAGCAUCUGGGAACAUCCUCCUGCUCCCUGGUGGCCACGGGCUGCAGAUCCUGAACGCCCAGGAGGAGGACACGGGCACCUACAGCUGCAUCGUGGCCAACGAGGAUGGCGAGGCUGUGAAGAACUAUGCUGUGAAGGUCCUGGUUCCUCCUUGGAUUGCCAGAGAGGAUCCUUUGGGGGAGUUUGCUGUGAAGGAGGUGAAAGCCAAGGUCAACAGCACAGUGGUGCUGGAGUGUGAGACCUGGGCUGUGCCCGAGCCGACCAUCCGGUGGUACAAGGACAAGCAGCUUCUGGCAAGCUCUGAACACCUCCAGAUCCUGAGCGAGGGGCAGGUCCUCCAGAUCCAGCCAGCUGGUGUCUUGGAUUCGGGGCACUACACCUGCGUGGCCACCAACGCUGUGGGUGAAGAUGACAGGGACUUCAUCGUGCAUGUCCAAGUGCCCCCCAUCUUCCAGCAGCAAACAAGCCCCAAAGAAGCCCUUGAGAUCUUCUAUCGAGAGGAAGACCAGGAUGGGGAGGUGACAGAGCACCGACAGGCUGUCCUUGGCCAGCCCACCGCCCUCUACUGCGACACCAGUGCCAUCCCACCCCCCCAGAUCACCUGGUACAAGGAUGGGGAGCCCCUCUCCCCUGGCCUGGGGGUGCUGAUGCUGCAAGGGGGCCGGGUGCUGCAGCUGCAGGCGGUGCAGGAGGAGCACGGGGGCAGGUACACCUGUGAGGCGGCCAACGCCGCGGGAUGGGACCGCCUGCACUACGAGCUGGAGGUGCUGACCGCCCCCGCCAUCCGUGGUGGCAGGGAGGACGUGGUGGAGGAGGUGACAGCCACCAUCAAUGGCACCGUGCGCUUUGAGUGUGACGCUACUGGGCACCCAGAGCCCACAGUGUCCUGGCUCUGGAAUGAUCUCCCCAUAGAGGCUGGCCCACGGCACCAGCUCCUGGAGGGCGGCAUGGUCCUGCAGGUGGCCGUGGUGGAGGCGGGUGACACCGGCACUUACACGUGCGUGGCUGAGAACCCGGCCGGGUCAGCCGAGAGGCACUUUGCCCUCGCUGUGCAGGAACCUCCCUGGAACGUGGGUACAGGCCCUGAAAACAUCGAUGGCGUGGUCAAUGGCAGCGUGUCACUCGUGUGUGACGUCCGAUCCCACCCGGCUGCGGAGAUCGCCUGGUACAAGGACGGCCAUGCCCUGCGGCUCGGUGAGGAGGUCACUGUCACCCAAGGCUCUCGGGUGCUGCAGCUCACUCACCUGCAGCUUUCCAGCUCGGGCACAUACACAUGCAUGGCACUGAACGUGCCCAGCCAGGAUGAGAAGAGCUUCAUCCUCACCAUCCACGAACCCCCAGGCAUCCAGGACCCACAGCAGGAGACGCUUGAAGCUGACAUGGGGACACCGCUCGUCCUGACCUGCCAAGUCCCUGGUGUGCCCACUGUCACCUGGCUGAAGGACGGGCACCCGCUGGAGAUGAGCCCAGAGCAGGGCCUGGUGUCCGGGGGGGCCCAGCUGCAGCUCAGCCCCCUCCAGCCCUUCCACCAGGGCCGGUACACCUGCCUGGCACCGGGGGCACGCAAGGACUUCACGGUGCUGGUGCGAGUGGCGCCCCAGAUCAGCAGCAGAGGGGACCCCAGUGAGCACAGCGUGCUGGAGGGCAGCAGGGUGAGGCUGGAGUGCCGGGCAGAGGGGCAGCCCACCCCCUACAUCUCCUGGCUGAAGGACGGGCAGCCCCUGGGGCUGCAGCACCCCUCACACGCCCGGGUGUCCCCGGACGGCAGCACCCUGCUCCUCGAGGGGCUGCGCGCUGCCGACUCCGGCGCCUACACGUGCCUGGCCCGGAACAGCCUGGGGGAGGACACGCGGCUGCACACGCUGAACGUGCUGGUCCCUCCGGCCAUCGAGAGAGGCGCCCGUGGCUCGGAGGUGGUGCGCGGGCUCCUGUCCGCCGCGGUGACGCUGGAGUGCCGGGCUCGGGGCUCCCCUCCGCUGCACGUCGGCUGGCUGAAGGACGGGCUGCCCCUCCGCCUGUCCCCUCACGUCACCCUGCUCUCGGCUGGGCACAUCCUCCGGAUCUCCCAGGCACAGCUCUCCGAUGCCGGGCUCUACACCUGCAUCGUCUCCAGCCGGGCAGGAGUGGCCGAUCGCAGCUUCGUCCUGCAGAUACAGGUGCCCCCUGUCCUGGAGAGCCCCGAGAGCAGUGAGGAGCAGGUGGUGGCUGAGGGCUCCGAUGUCACUUUCACCUGUGAAGCCACCGGGUCCCCAGCACCGUCAGUGACCUGGCUGAAGGAUGGAGAGCCCCUGGGGCAGCAGAGUGACCGGGUGCCCAGUGGCCAACAGCUGAGCCUGGUGGCCGUGGGGCCAGCUGAUGCAGGCAUUUACUCGUGCCUGGUGGUGAAUGAAGCGGGAGAGGUCAGCAAAGCCUUCCACCUCGUGGUGAUGGAGCCACCCCGUGUCGAGGCUGCAUCCCGUUCCACUGAGAUCUCCAUCGCUGUGGGCACCCCUCUGGAGCUGAUGUGUGUGGUGACAGGUGUCCCCAUGCCCACUGUCACCUGGGAGAAGGACGGACGGCUGCUGGCAGGGCCCUCGCUCCUGUUGGGGAAUGAGAGCACCCUCCACAUUGAGAGCACUGAGGUGGCUGAUGCUGGCUUGUACACCUGCCUGGCCACUAGCCCUGCAGGGGAGGACAGCAGGAACUUCCAUGUCAGCAUCCAAGCACCCCCCAGCAUCGCCAGCACCGGGGACAUCCCCAUCAUCACGGCUGUGGCAGGGGGACAGCUCCUCCUGGAGUGCCCAGAGGGUGCUGAGCCCCACCCCAACAUCGAGUGGCACCGGGAGGGCUCCCUGCUGCAGGAGGAUGCCCGCAGGCAGGUCCUGGCGCAGGGGCGUUUCCUGCAGCUCCGGGCGGUGGCUGCGGCGGACGGCGGCGAGUACAGCUGCAGGGCCACCAGCGCCCCCGGGGACAGCGGCCCGCGCGGCCGGGUGCAGGUUCACGUGGCCCCGGAGAUCCGGGCGGGCCCUGAGGAGGUGAAGGUGCUGCUGAACACCUCGGCCGUGCUGCCGUGCCUGGCGGAGGGCUGGCCCGUGCCCCGGGUGACGUGGAGGAAGGAUGGCCAGCUCCUGCCCCUCCCCGGGAGCGACAGCCUGGCCAUGCAGAGCCUCCAUGGGGUUCAGCUGCUCUCCCUCCUCAGGCUGCAGCUCCUGCCCGGAGGCUCCCUGCAAAUUGACCCCGUGCAGGCCCAGGAUUUGGGCCAUUACCUCUGCAUGGCAUCCAGCCCUGCUGGCUCUGACCGGCGAGGCCUGGACCUCCAAGUCCUGGCCCUCUGCUCAUGGCUGCCAUGCACUCCCACAGUCCCUCCUGCCAUCACUCCUGGGCCCUCCAACCUCACCCUGCUGGCUCAGCAGCCAGCCACGCUGGGCUGUGACGCCUGGGGGUCCCCCCAGCCCCACAUCAGGUGGGAGAAGGAUGGCCGUCCCCUGAACCUGCACCUCCCACCUGGCACCUACAGUUUGCAGUCCUUAGGGUCACUGCUCCUCUCCAGCCCUGGCCCCCGGGACGAGGGGAGGUUUGAGUGCAUCGCCACCAACGCUGCUGGAGAGGCACGGAAGGUCUUCCUCGUGUCUGUCCAUGUGCCCCCCACCAUCGCUGAUGACCUCACGGAUGUGGUUGUCACCCGGCUGUCCCCCGCAGUCCUCACCUGCUACGCCUCGGGUGUGCCCCCACCCGCGGUGUCGUGGAGCAAGGAGGGGGCUCAGCUGGGCAGCAGGGGAGGGGGCUACCGCGUCCUACCCAGAGGAGCCCUGGAGAUCAGGCAGGCGCUGCCUGUGCACAGCGGCCGCUACACCUGCACGGCUCGGAGCGCCGCGGGCACGGCCCGCAAGCACCUCCGGCUCACGGUGCAUGAGCCCCCUGCCUUGAAGCCCCUGCCCGGCAUGGUGAUGGUGAUGGUCAAUACCAGCGCCGUGCUGUCCUGUGAGGCCAUAGGUGUCCCCCGGCCGGAGGUCACCUGGCAAAAGGAUGGUGUUGGCAUCACUGGAGGGUCUGGGCUGAAGGUGCUCCCCAACGGGCAGCUCCGUCUGCUCCGAGCAGCUCCAGAGGAUGCAGGCACCUACCUGUGCGUGGCCCGCAACCCCUCGGGCACCGCUGCGGGGAGGACCAGGCUCAUUGUGCAAGAGCCGCCCGUGAUCGCUGCCGGCCCGCUGGAGCUGGCGGUCCUGCAGGGGCUGGAGGUGCUGCUGCCCUGUGCCGCCCGCGGGGUCCCCGAGCCCCGCGUGUCCUGGAGCCGGGAGGGAGCCCUGCUGCGGGGCGGGAGGGCCACGGUCCUGCCCUCCGGGGAGCUGCUGCUCCGGGAUGUCCGGGAAGGGGAUGCUGGCAGCUACUCCUGCACGGCGGUGAACUCCGCUGGGAGGGCGGUCCGGCGGCUCUCCCUCUCCAUCCACACCCUGCCCAGCUUCACCCAGCUCCCCGCAGACAUCACCCUGAGCCGGGGCGAGAGGCUGGAGCUGGUGUGUGCCGCAGCGGGCAGCCCCCAGCCCCGCGUCUCCUGGAUGGCCAACGGGCACCUCAUCACUGAUGGUGCGUGGGGACACAGCGGGAGGAGCAUCCUGCGGCGGGAGGCGGCCACACCCACGGACAGCGGCACCUACGUUUGCCACGCCGAGAACAGCGCCGGAGCCAUCAGAGCCACUGUCUUUGUCUCUGUCACAGAGGCACCCGUCAUUCAGGGGGACGCCAGCAUCUACCAGGUGGAGCACCCCGGAGGUGACGCCGUCCUCGACUGCCCUGCCCAGGGUCACCCUGAGCCCCUCAUCCGCUGGAGCAAGGACGGGGUGCCAGUGGUGGCUCACGGGCGCCUGCACCAGCUGCAGAACGGCUCCCUGGCCAUCCGUGCUGUGGGGGGCACCGAUGUGGGACAGUACCAGUGUGUGGCGGAGAAUGAUGCGGGCACAGCAGCAAAAGUUGUCACCCUGGUUCUGCAGAGUGCCCCUGUGGUGACAGUGACACCCGCAGAAGCGAGGGUCCAUGCUGGGCAGCAGGUGCUGCUGCACUGUGUCGUGUCAGGGGAGCCCACUCCCUCCGUGGAGUGGCAGCGGGAUGGGGAGCCACUGCCCGAGGGUCCCCACGCUCGUGUCCUGCCCAAUGCCACCCUGUUCCUGCCCUCUGUCACCCACCGUGACGCCGGCAGCUACUCCUGCCUUGCCCGCAAUGCCCUGGGCUCUGCUGUCGCCCACACCUCCCUGGAUGUCCAAGGGGAGCUGCAGCGAAUGCAGGGCAGCCUGGUGGGUGUCAUCAAUGGCCACGAGCUCGGUGUCUCUGCCCUCGAUGCCACCGUGCUGGGUGAGGGUGACUCUCAGUCCGGCACCGCCGCCCUCCAGAGCAGCAUCGGGAGCAUUCCACCUGCCAUAGGGCCGCUGAUGCGGGUGCUGGUGGCCAUCAUCGCCCCCGUUUACUGGUCCUUGGCACACGCCAGCGGGGCAGCCCGGAGCGGCCUCCUGCUCACGCAGGGCUCCUUCCAGCACGAGUCACUGCUGCAGUUUGCCACAGGGGAGCUCCUGCGGGUCACACAUGUCGCCCGGAGCGUGGGUGGCGCUGGAGCUCUGCGGCUGGACAGCGUCAUCAGCGGCUCCGUGCCGGAGAGCCUUGGCGAUGCCGUGGUGCUGCUGCAGGACUUCAGCGAGCGCUACGUGCGGACGGGUGCGGGGCAGCUCUCUGGGGGCUCGGUGCAGAGCUUCCUGCGGGAUGGGCACCUCCUGCGUGCCCACUGCAAUCACACCAUCGUGUUCGACCCCCCCGUGGGCCCACAGCCCCCCCGGGUGCAGCACCUCCGGGCCAGAGCCAUCAGAGCCUCCUACGACCCAGCCAAACAGGAGCUCCACUUCCAGCUCCGUGCCUCGCUUGAUGCAGGGGCUGACAGGGACCAGUGCCCGCUGGGAUUCACCCCAGACCCUGGGCAGAUGUACUGCACUGAUGUGGAUGAAUGCACCGAGGGGUCCCAUGCUUGCCGCUACAACCAGAUUUGCCAGAACGCCGCCGGCUCCUACCGCUGCUCCUGCCCUCCUGGCUACCGCACGCUGGGUGUGGGCUGGCCGUGCUUGGAUGUCAAUGAGUGCCUGCGUUUUCCCCCACCGUGUGCCUUUGAGUGCCGCAACCUGCGGGGCUCCUACGAGUGCCUGUGCCCCGCCGGCAAGACCCUGCUGCCGGGGGGACAGUGUGGCACAGCAGGGGUGGAGGGAGGGGACACCAGGAGCAGCGUGUCCCGGGACACUCCCCUGCGCUGGCAGGGGCCCAGCAGCCGCCCACGGGGACGAUCCUUCUACACUCAGCUCGCCCUGCGCCGCGUGGCAAAGGAUGCAGGGCUGGGGGCCCGGGGCCCUCCCUGCCCCACAGGCUACAUCAGGAGGAAUGGCACCUGCACUGAUCUUGAUGAGUGUCAGACGCUGAACCAGUGCCAGCACGAGUGCAGGAACAGCCUCGGCAGCUACCACUGCCUCUGCCCCACUGGAUACCGGCUGCUGUCCAACGGGAAGACCUGCCAUGAUGUGGAUGAGUGCAAGGAGGGCACAAUCCAGUGCAGCUCGAGCCAGAUGUGCUUCAACACCCGUGGAGGUGCCCGCUGCAUGGAUGUGCCGUGCCCAGCUGGGUACCAGAGAGGCUCCAGCCCAGGGCUGUGCAUGGGUGUCUGCCCCCCAUUCUGCGGCCCGCCCGGCCCCACGCUGCAGUACCAGGUGCUCUCCCUGCCCCUGGGCAUCGCUGCCCGCCGGGACGUGGUGCACCUCAGCCCGGCCACCGCCCUGCGCCGCCGCCCCGCCUUCAGGCUGCUGGAGCAGGACCCCGCCAGCCCCUUCUCCCUCCGCACCGAGCGGGGCCAGGGCAUCAUCUCCACCCUGCGGCCGCUGCGGGAGCCCGGCACGCACCGCCUCAAGGUGCAGGCGCUGCUCCCGGACGGGCAGCGAGCACCCAGCGUCUUCCUCCUCCUCAUCUCUGUCUCCCCCUACCCUUACUGACACAGCCCAGGGGCAGGAGGGGCCGCAGGGUCAUUUCUCCUCCUGUCCCUCCCCACCCCAUCAGUGGGACACGUGGCUCAGGGAGCGCUGAGCUUGUACCUCUUCCAUCCCUCCUAGACACCCCCUCAUUUCUCUGCUGUGUUCCUUUUCCCCAGGUCCGGGCCCUGACUCAGCAGGAGAGUCAGGAUCCCGGGGGGGAUAAGAUCUCCCACCAACCUCUUGCAAUCAGGUCCCAGAUCCCAGAACAAACACAGCUCUGGAGGGCCUUGGCUGCUAUCAGUCCCCAAAUGUGGGGGGUGGGAAGAUGAACUGGGUGACAGUCACCAGCAAGGGUCCCACCAGGGAGGGAUUCCCUGGGCUGGGGAGGGUGUGGGGCACCCCAGCAUUAACCUUGUAUUAAAUUGAAAUAGUCUUU